GAAUGUCGGCUCCUCACUCCAAUAGCCCAAAAGUCGCCGCCUCACCGAACCUGUUAUUUUUAUGUUCUCCUCUGGUCUAUAAAAUCUAGCCCAAGACUGUCCCUCCUCUGCGAUCCAGCGGUGGCAACAAUUGAAGAAGAGGAGGAGAAGAAGAUGGCAUCGGAACAGCAGGUGAGGGCUUCGCACAUCCUGAUAAAGCACGAGGGAUCGCGGCGGAAGGCCUCCUGGAAGGACCCCGACGGCCGGAUCAUCUCCGCCACCACCAGGGACGCCGCCGUCCGCCAGCUCCGCGCCCUCCGUGAUGACAUCAUCGCCGGCAAGGCUCGCUUUGAGGACGUCGCCGCCCGCCACUCGGACUGCAGCUCCGCCAAGCGCGGCGGCGAUCUGGGUCGUUUUGGAAGGGGACAGAUGCAGAAGCCCUUUGAAGAAGCUACCUUCGCCCUCAAAAUGGGUGAGAUGAGCGACACCGUGGACACAGACAGUGGCGUCCACAUCAUCCUCAGAACCGGCUGACGCCCAUGUCAUCGUGAGAACUGGUUGAUGACCAGGAAGCCGGCCUUAAUUUUAAUUUAUUCCCAGCCAUGAAAAAUAUUUUUAGUAUCAUUUGUAGUCUAUAAGAUUGGGCUGGGACUUCUCUAGCUAUUUGCAUACAAUAUCAUCACAAAAUGCUUCAAACCCCAAGAACUUUGGCCAUUAAAACCAUGAUCAAAGCUUCAUCAACUUUGUGCGGUGAGCUUUUGCAGUAAUAAGAUUUGACGCCAUGAAUUUUUAAGACA